AAAAAAAAGGAUUUCAAAUUUUAAAAUAAUUAAUAUUUCAUCGCGCUUAACAUUAUUAUUUUGUUGAGUGAAUUGUAAAUAAAUGAUGCAUAGUAAAUGAAUUAGGAGUUGCUAACAUGUAGGCACGUCCUGGGUUGGGUUUUAACAAAAAAAUAAUGUUUAUGAGCCUAUAAAUACCACCUUAACUAUCAAUCUAUGGCAUCCACACGCACAUUAAUUCCAAUAAUCAACACUUUUCUCUUGUAUUAAUCAAGAGAGAUAUAUAUCAUAUUGUAGCUAGAGCUACCUAGCUACAAUAUAUAAUGGCAGCCCUAACAAAUUCCCAUGCAGUCGUCAUAAUUGGGUUGCUUCUCUCUUGCUUCAUAUUGUUUGUUUCAGCCGCUGAUGAUAAUUCAACCGCAGCCCUCACAGUUGGCUUCUACAAAAACUCCUGUCCCUUUGCAGAAAUCAUUGUCCGAAAAUACGUCAACAAAUUCGUCACUUUCAACCCUGGUUUUGCUGCUGGCCUUAUCAGGCUGCACUUCCACGAUUGCUUUGUCAGGGGUUGUGAUGCUUCUGUGUUGUUGGAUGGAAAAAACUCGGAAAAGCAAAGUAUACCAAACAAGGGAAGCCUACGUGGGUUCGAAAUAAUAGACGCAGCAAAAGCAGAACUUGAGGUGAAAUGCCCUGGAAUUGUUUCAUGUGCAGACAUUCUCGCCUUCUCAGCCAGAGACAGCGCCUGGAAAGCUGGCAACAUAUUCUACGAAGUACCCGCUGGACGCCGUGAUGGAAAUGUAUCCAACACACUCGACCCACUUCUAAAUCUUCCCCCGCCCUUCUUCAACGCAACUCAACUCAGGGACAAUUUUGCAAGAAAGGGUCUCACACUCGACGAAAUGGUUACACUUUCAGGGGCUCACUCCAUUGGAAUUGCUCAUUGUACUUCCUUCUUAGGACGUCUAUACCCGACAGUGGACCCCACUCUGGACCCCAAGUACGCUGCUAAGUUGAAAAAGAUAUGCCCUGCGCCUGUUGCUAAUGCGACCGGUCCACCGAAAGUGAACCCCACAGUCAAUCAGGAUACCAUCACUCCGAUUCGUUUGGACAAUUUAUACUACUUGGGAUUGAAGCAGAAGAAGGGGCUUUUUACGUCGGAUCAGGAUCUUAUGACAAGCCCUUUGACUUCCAAUAUUGUUCUCAACAAUAUUCAGUUUGGUGGUGUGUGGGCUACCAAGUUUGCUGCUGCCAUGGUCAAAAUGGGAAAUAUUGAUGUACUCACCGGCGUCCAGGGCGAGGUCAGGGAACACUGCCGCCACAUCAACUGA